UAGUACAUGGCAAACUGUCAGUGAGUGUAAACGUACGUAGGUGCAACAACGGUGUCGCUGUUUAAUUUCGUUUUUUUAUUUAUUGUUGUUGUUUGUGUGUGUACAUUUUUAUUAAUUUUCGUCUUCGUUUAUUUACGUAUAUUCGCAAUUGAUUAAAGUGUUUUGUUACAAUUUGCUUGAUUCCGCUGAUUUUGACGAAAAUUAUCUACAACUACAACUAUCAGAUACACAACAAGGAGAUCAAUGAGCUGAUAACAACAAUUAAAAAGACUCCACAAAUUUAUGAACAAAUACAGCCCUUAACCACAAAUAAGUAUCAUUUCAAUGCAGUGUUAAAAAUCGGCAAAUCAAUGUCGUUCAAAAGAAAAUAUUAUCGACGUAAAGUGUAGUGAGUCUCCGUUUUUGUGUUGUGUACACUUUUUAAGUCUUUGAAUCCCAAAAAAAAAAAAAAGAAAUUGUAAUUGUCAAUACGUGUUAAGUGUUUUUGUAAAAAACCCGACAACCCCUUAACCGAUUUUAUUCAAUCAAAACAAACUUACUGAACUAUUUUAACGAACAAAGGCGCUACCACCACGAGGUAUUCCACUCAAAUGGCCACCAAUUGUGAAUAUAUCGAGGGUAGCAACAGCGCCGAUCCACGUAAAUGCUCCAUCUCGAACAACGCUUCAACGGCCUCAAUGGCGCAAGAGCAACGCGCGGACAGCAUUGAGUUGCUGCAAAGCAAAAGCGACAAUUCACUCUCCGACGAUUCAGCUAGCAUAAGCGCUACUCAUGCUGGUCUGCCGGCGCUGCAAACCACCGCACCGUUGCACCGGUUGGGCGACGAUCUAUUUGAGAACGCUUUCGACGAAUCGAUGGAUUGUUUGGAACAGGACGAGGUGGAUGGCUAUGAAUCGGACUCGGAGAGCGCCAAUGAGUACGAUGAUACGGUCAGCGCUUCUGUGACGACUGGACUGCGCAGCAUUGAUAGUGACAAUCUAACAUUCUCAAGCGGAUUUGGCAGCUCGAUGUUGAGCAGUUUUCCGCCAACCUCCGCAUUUGACUAUCACAGCUGUAGCAGUAGUAGCGAUAGCGAGGAGGAGAUACAUACAGCUGAACUGAAGAAUGACGAGCGGUUGGGUAAAUUUUUCCCAGCAGAUUCACGCAAUUUGGACAUCUUCCAUACACGUCCCUAUUUGCUGCCGUUCGUGGAGCGUCGCCGUCUCUCACAAUGCAAGGAGGAGGAUGAGGACGACGGCGACAAGUCACCACAACCGCAAACGAGCGAAAUGGCGGCGCUCAAAUUCGAUAAGUCUGCAAAUCCUACAGCGCCACCACCACCGCCGCCGCCACCACCACCACCACCACCGGCCACAGAUGAGGCAUCGGCGGAGAAGUUCAAAGAGUUGGAGCGCUUGCGACAGCAAUUCAUGCAUAAGAUAGACAGCAUCAAUACGAGCAACGUAGAGGAUAUCAAAACGGUGACUGUGACCGCGGAGCAUGUCUCACCGCCGCCACCACCGCCAAUACCACCAACAAUUUUGCCACCUUCACUGAUCAAUUUGUUGCAGUCGACUAAGUCAAAGCCUUUGCAGAUGAUUAAGGCAGCCGAAGAACCGCAAAAGGCGAUAAUGCCAGCACCGCUGAAUGCAACGGCGCCAACGGCGUCGGUUAGCGAAAAAUUCGUGGAAAAGAGUCGGACUACAGAUAUCGUAAAUGCACAAAUUACCCCAACAUCGACUUCGAUGUCAUCCAGCAAUCCAGCUAGCACCGCAGUCGCAAAUGUGCCAAAAAUAGCGCAGUCGACAUUAGCGCACAUGGAUAGCAACGAAAAACUCAUCAUCAAAGGUAAAUUCACGGUAACCAAAGCCAAGGAGACGCCCGAACUUCAACAAUUGCGCACCGAGGCCGACAAGUUGAAGCACCUGAGCUCUAGUGCCAAUGCACACACCAUCAGCUUCCCCAGCAGCUAUGGUGGCUACACAUCGGUGCAGGGGCUCUUUUCGCAGCGUUAUGGCAGUCACAAAUAUCCCGUUGCCGUGCCACAUCUUUCGAAAAAGUUUUUCGAUGCAUCCUUGGUCGAAAUACGUACGCCCGUUGGCAGCAAUUCAUCGCUCAAUCAAAGCGACAAUGAUGCGACGCGUCCAAAGAGUGAAAAGAUCUCAGCAGCAAAUGCGACUUCCACAACCACAUCCCCAAUCAGCAAAACUUGUCUCAAUCACCACCAAAGUUACAAUAAUUGUGAUACUAGUUUAGUUAAAACACGCGGUGAUCUAUCGCAUUUGGAUGAUGUGUGGAUCAAGAGGCCGGCGAUGACAACGCCACCAAAGAGGCAAAUGACGGACGAGAGCGCAUUCGAGAGUGGGCGCACGACAGCGGCGCAAUCAGAAGAUGAACAAGAUGGACGCUUACCCGGUUCACGACCCUCCAGCGCACCGGCGGAACCCAAUGCCAAAGCAGCGCGCAAGGCUUCCAAAAAGAUGGAGAAGGAGGCAAGACGACAAGAAAAGGAAGCCAGUCGCCGUGAGAAGGAGGCACGCAAGUUGGAACGUGAAACGGCGCGUCGUCAAGAGCGCGAGGCGGCCAAGCUGGAAAAACUCAAUCGCAAUAUGGAGAAAAUAUCGCGCAGCACAGAACGUGUUAGUGGCACACCGCGCUCCGGUUCGCUGGAGCGACGCCGCAGCGGUGAAGACUCACCGGUGCUCAACCAGUCGACCGUGCACGGCAUAGCGAGUCCCAAUCGCCGGCCCACCAUAUUCGAUGUCUUUCGCCAGCGCGCCAAAUCGGAUGCCAAGCGCAAAGAUUCCGCCCUAUUGGUGGCGGGCAGUGGCGUCGUGGCCGGUGCAACUGGCGCGGAUAGCAGCAGCGCGAGCAGCACACACUCUGGCGCCGGUGGUGGCAUAAUGAAUCAAAUGAAAGUGGCUAUGCAGAAUUCAGGGCUGAUAGGUCAUCAUCAUCAUCACGAUAAGCGUCAACAUCCCGCGGUGACGAUAACCACCGCCGAGGGCAGCAGUGCAAAGAAUAAGUACAAAGAUGGUUCGGCGCAUCCGCAUCAGGGCAGCGAUGCACAGUACUACCACACCGUCACAGCGGUACGACGUGCCGAUGCGUCCCGCUCACCAAUGACCAAAGUAAUGGAUUUGUUUAGGAGCCGUUCGAAUUCAGCGGCCACCGAGGCGGAUAAGCGCAAAGCGCGAGCAGCAGCACAUCAACAACAAUUGGCGGUGCAAAGUGCUCACAUGCGACGCGCUUCCGCCGAUUUGGAGAAACGACGUGCUUCUUUGGGUGCAGCUAGUCGAGGCUUACGUGGAGACGGUACUUUGGAUCCACAUCAUGCCGCCAUAUUAUUCCGUGAUUCCAGAGGGUUGCCAGUCGCUGAUCCAUUCCUAGAAAAAGUGAACCUAUCCGAUUUUGAAGAAGACGAUUCACAGAUUUUCGUGAAAUUCUUCCGUUUCCAUAAGUGCUAUGACCUGAUACCGACCUCUGCUAAAUUGGUUGUCUUCGAUACACAAUUGCUGGUGAAGAAAGCGUUCUAUGCGCUCGUAUACAAUGGUGUGCGUGCAGCACCACUUUGGGACUCACAGAAACAACAAUUUGUUGGUAUGCUAACCAUAACGGAUUUCAUCAAAAUCCUACAAAUGUAUUAUAAGUCACCGAAUGCAUCAAUGGAACAGCUGGAAGAGCACAAAUUGGACACAUGGCGAAGUGUGUUGCAUAACCAAGUUAUGCCAUUGGUUAGCAUCGGACCGGAUGCUUCACUCUAUGAUGCCAUUAAAAUUCUCAUACACAAUCGCAUACAUCGAUUGCCGGUCAUUGAUCCGGCGACAGGCAAUGUUUUGUAUAUAUUAACACAUAAACGCAUACUGAGGUUCCUCUUCUUAUAUAUUAAUGAAUUACCAAAGCCCUCGUAUAUGCAGAAGACCCUACGUGAUUUAAGGAUCGGCACAUACGACAACAUUGAGACUGCGGACGAGAACACAAGCAUUAUAAUGGCGUUGAAGAAAUUUGUGGAACGACGAGUAUCGGCUUUACCGCUAGUCGAUUCUGAAGGAAGGCUGGUGGAUAUUUACGCGAAAUUCGAUGUGAUUAAUUUGGCCGCCGAGAAGACCUACAACGACUUGGAUGUCUCGCUGCGCAAAGCAAACGAACACCGCAACGAAUGGUUCGAGGGCGUACACAAGUGCCGUUUAGAUGACACACUCUACACAAUUAUGGAACGCAUUGUGCGCGCCGAAGUGCAUCGGCUUGUUGUCGUCGAUGAGAAUCAGAAAGUGAUUGGCAUUAUUUCCCUAUCCGAUAUACUGUUGUACCUGGUGUUACGCCCCAGUGGCGAGGGUGUAGGCAUAUCUGAGAAUUCGCUACGCGCCUCAGAUCCUAUUUUGCGACGUAAAUCGUCCGAAGAAGAAGAUGCCGAUACAAAAUCGUCAGGCAGUCGUAGUAUUAUUGAAGAUAUACCUGAGGAAGAGCCGGCGGUGGUGACAACAGCGCCAGCGCCUCCAACGGGAGGCGAACCCGCCGUCAACGCCGCCGCCGAAAUCGUCACGAACAAUAGUGAUGAGUUAGUAGAUGCCUCAACACAAAAGCAGAAUGGUGAUAGUAAUCCCGCUGAAGUGUCCUUUGCCGCCGAGGCGGAAGAAGAUCCUGUAGAUGUUGCCGACAUCGAACCGGAUGCAGAUGGUGAUAAUGAUGAUGACGUAGUGACUGGGCAAUUUGUGGAUAGGAAAAAAUCGCUUGGUGCGACGACAGACGAAGACACAGAAUUGGAAGUAGCCGCAUCGGCAGCGUCAGCGUUGGGUGGUAUGCCGACAAGGACGACGCGUGAAAUGGCGCUUGUUAGUGAAUAAAUUUAUUAUACUAUAUACACGUACAUACAUACAUACAUAUACAAUACAUAUUGCAAGCUACAAACAUAUACAAAAAUACAUACAUAUUUUAAGUAUGCGUUUUUAAUGAGCUAACAACAACAAAUUAUAAAAAAAAAUACAAAAAAAAACAUUUGAUAAACUUUAUUGUUGCUAUGAAUGCUUCAAAGCCUUACAAAACAUACAAAAAAAAACUAAAUGAAACGAAGUAACAUAACGUUCGAUUAGAGUGUUUAAGAUUGUAGAUAAAUUUUGUGCAAAAAGCUGCAAAACAUAACAGCGACAUUGGCUCGCUAAUGCUCGUGCGAGUAGGGAAUUCCUACUAGGAAUGAAAAAGAAAACUUCUUUUGAUCCGCGAAAAUUGCAGCCUGGAAAAAGCGAAUAUGGGCAUACUGGCUGCAGCGGAGCAAAGGCAGGUGUUAUAGGCAAGCUUUUAAAACAGGCUUUACAAAUUCUUAUAUAUAUUUAAACAAAGAAAACUAGUUUUAUAAUUUAAGUAGAAAUCAUUGGAAAAUAGCGAAACAUAAUAAAAUAAAGCUUAAGUAAAGCAAAUUGCUUGUAUAAAAGAAAAUCAUUAAAAUUUUACAAAUUUAAAAAUCAGCAAGAAACAGGUAAGGGAUAUAGCAUUAGCUGCGAUCGAUUGUAAGUAAAUAUGCGCCAUGAUUGGUCAAGAAAGCAAGACAAAGAGAGCUCGGUAAACGCACCGAACUAAUCUCCACAUGCGAGCACACUUGCAUACAUACAAAUACUACUAUACAUAUACAUAAAUUCAAACACGAAAA